AUGGAAAUCCCUUUGGACGAAAAAAAUGGCUCUUUCAUACCCGAAUCGCCAAUAGAGUUGACGACAAGCACCCUCAUCAAACCACAGGCUCGCCAGGCUUAUGAUUCAAAUGUUACCUUUGAGGAGUACCAUUACUAUUCUAAGAAGACAAGGGAAGAACAAGAGCAUCUAGAGGCUCCGAAGCUCAAUGUGCUCCAGCUUCUCAAAGGGAAGAAAAGCGAGGAACCGGUUACGACUCUCACAGAGAAAGACUUCUCGGAUCCUCAGCGGAGACUUGCGAUAACAGACGAGGAAUGGGCAAAUGCAUCCCGUUCGCUUAGGUCUGCUUCAUGGGGUGCCUGUUUCUAUUUGAUUACAACGGAUAUCCUAGGCCCCUUUGGGUCAGGCUAUGCGAUGGGCACAUUGGGUUGGAGAGCAGGUAUUGCCUUCUACACUGUUUUCGGAUUCAUGGCCGGAUACUCUGGAUAUCUCCUUUGGCGCGUCUUCCUUGGCGUGGACAGCUAUCAGUUCCCAGCCAAGAACUAUGGUGAUCUUGGAUUCAGAACCCUUGGCCGUUACGGUCGCCAUCUUACAAAUGUCUGCCAGGCGAUUUCGUUACUCUUACUCGUGGGCCAAGUCACCAUUGGAUUUGGCCAAAACCUAUCUCAGGUAUCGCAGUUCCGGCUGUGCUAUGUUGCUUGUCCGGUCAUCUUUGCUUGUGCUGGCUUCUUUAUUUCUCAGAUCAGAACUCUCAAAGCGUAUGGCUGGGUUGCAAAUUUUGCAGUGUGGAUGAACCUGUUUGUCAUCUUCAUGUCGAUGGGUGUUAUGUCGGUGUCUGAACCGAACUACAAAAUCUCCACACUUGGGUCUGCUGGCAGUGUGGUUGACAGAAAAACGAUCACACCGGACAGUGACGGUAACUACCCGCCGAUCAUGCAUUACAGCAGUAUCCCUACAGGCGGACUCAUUGGGUCCGUGAAUGGCAUGCUUUCCGGUGUGUUGGCAUAUGCAGGUGCACAGCUGUUUGUUGAAUUCAUGGCCGAAAUGCGGCGGCCCCGAGACUUUAUCAAGGCUAUGUGGGGAGCCCAAUUUUUCAUCUACAGCGUCUAUCUCACUUACGGCUGUGUGGUCUAUCAUCUUCAAGGACAGUACAGCUAUAGCCCGAGUUAUCAAGGUAUCAGCAUAUACGCAUGGCAGACUGUCGGGAACAUGGUUUCUUUACUCGCUGCUCUCAUCUGCGCAGGUCUAUACGGGAAUAUUGGAGUCAAGAUUGUCUACAACAACAUCAUGAUGGAUAUCUUCGGCUUCCCUCCUCUAGACACGCGGGUUGGCAAGAUAGUCUAUGCUUCUCUUGUCCCAGUUUGGUGGACAAUCGCAUUCCUUAUCGCCGCAGGCGUUCCAGAUUACGUUGGCUUCGUCAGCGUAAUCUCCGCUUCCAUGCUUUUGAACUUGACAUUUACCAUGCCUCCCGUAUUUGCCCUUGCAUUUGACAUCCAGAAGAAUGCCAUUCGGACGGAGGCUGGCGAAGGAUUCAACCCGAUAACUGGAGAGGUGCUCCGGACCGAAACAACGGCAGCAAGAUGGAUCCGUGGUUUCUGCUCUGGUGGUCCUUUCCAAGUCGCAAUCAAUAUUUGGCAUGUUUUGUUCUCCCUAGCAUCGCUGUCGAUGUGUGGGCUAGGCAUGUGGGCAGCCGUUGUUGGAAUGAUUGAUGCCUUCAAGCUCCCGCAGCUCAACUCGUUCUCCUGUGUCUCACCACUCAAUCUGAAUGAGUAA